AUGGAGAAGAGGAACUACGUAAAGCUCCCCCUGGAGCAACUGUUAUUGGCAACUUACGUGACACCAUGGAAGUACUCGGGGUACAGAGGAGGGGAUCUUCGCGAUCGCAUGCGUUACCGUUCUCCGCCUGAAGAUGGCAGACGCCGCGGACGGAGGCCCUCUCCUCCUAGGAAGCGGGGCCGCAGCAUUUCACCAUCACCUUCAAGAGACGACUAUUCCGAUCGUUCAUAUGACUCACGCUCAAGGUCGCCUUCUGAGACCAGUGAAAGGCAUCAUGGUGAGAGGAAACGAGAACGUGGGGUGGACUAUCGAGCUGCUGGACCUAGUUCCGGAAGCAGGGUUGUGUCUGCUGAAAGGAUGGAACUUGAGCGUGAGAGAAAGAUGCUUCUCAAGGACGUGACCAUACAGAGAGAGCACUGCGACACUCUCCAGACCCUCCUUGGGCGCAAGACAGAACUGGCAAAGGAUCUGUUGGAGCAUGCGAAGCUGCUGGAGAGGGAUGUUCAAGAGAAGGAAGGCCUUAUUGCCAAGUAA